AUCGCUCCUCAUACAGAGGCAGCGCUACCCUGUACAUGCCGCUCCUGACAGCGGAGAACCAGGCGGAUGAACUGAUGGCUCGUAUUUCUGUUGACUUUCACAUUAUGUUGUUGUGUGUCGCGGUUUGUCUCCCACCACCUGGCCUCUCGCCAUCCCCCCUUUGUCCGUCUGUAUGAUCGGACCGACUGAAGGUUAAUGUCCGGAGUGUGAAAAAGGCAGCCUGCCGGAUUGGUGCAGGCGGUGAAGGCGCUUUAAAAACCCUCCAUCUCUGCCCGACUGAGAGUCGACUGGAGCUGUCUGGCUGGUCCCGUUUGCACUACUAUGACUCUGAGCUCCUGAAUAUUUUGCUUUUUAAAAAGAAAAAAACCCAACUUGCUGUCACUCUUGAAAACCAUUUGAUUCCUCAAUGGGUUCCCGCAGCCAAGGCUUCUUCCACCAUCACCACCACCACCACCACCGUAGCUCCAUGGUGCCCACUGCGGUGCCGAGGCUGCUGCCUGAGAGCGGCAGCCUGCUGGGAGGCAUCGCACAAAUCACCCCAAACCUCUUCCUCAGCAGAGGGAACGUGGCAUCCAACCGCAGCCUGCUGCUGUCCAAAGGCAUCACCUGUGUGGUCAACGCCACCAUCGAGCUCCCCAACUUCAACUGGCCUCACAUGGAAUACGUAAAGGUCCCUCUGGCGGACAUGCCCCACUCCCCCAUCUCCUUGUACUUCGACAGCGUGGCCGAUAAGAUCCACAGUGUGGGACGAAAGCGAGGAGCGGUGCUGGUGCACUGCGCAGCGGGGGUGAGCCGCUCAGCCUCUCUGUGUCUGGCGUACCUCAUGAAGUAUCACCGUGUGUCUCUGGCUGAGGCCCACGCCUGGGUCAAGGCCCGCCGCCCUGUCAUCAGGCCCAACGGCGGCUUCUGGCGCCAGCUCAUCGAAUACGAGAGGAAGCUGUUUGGUAGAAACUCUGUUAAGAUGGUGCAGACGCCCUACGGGGUCAUACCUGAUGUUUAUGAGAGGGACCGCAGGAGCCUGGCUCCGUACUGGGGCCUGUGAGAGAGGCUGUGCCAACCGUCGACAGUGAGGGAUCGAGGAGGAAAGUGAAGUUGAGCCCUCUUGCCCUCCUGGACUGCAGGUUCUUGCGUGUCCAGGACAGGCAAAGUGAGUGUACAUCUGUGUGAAACUUAUUUAAUAAAUACUGGUGCGUUUGGACGGAGGGAGUUCAACCAAACACUGGUUGUUGAUGGUCAUCCAACCAGUUGCCUUCAUUUAGUCUUUGAGUGGGAGCAAGGCGACUUCAAGCCCAGAAUCCUUAGGACCAAAGGAUCGAUUUUGGACCACAAUGAUGUCAGACACCAAAAUAAGAUCAGAAUGUGGAAGUCGGUGCUGUCUAUCUCCUGGUCUGUCUGUCCAGUUCCAGUGGAGGACGAGCGCUCUGUGAAGGCUGAGACUCUGCAGCUCUGACAGCGAUGUGACUGAAGUCCUUUUCCUGACGUGAUGUCAUGUGGUGGUAUUGUGCCAGUUUUGCAGUAGUCUUUAGUGUGAAGGGCAGCAGCAUGCUCUCAAUUUAUGGUAGCAUUUAAGAUAAGUGUACAGGAAAAAAAACUACUAUAUAGACAUUAUUUUAUUGGAAAUGUACUAAUAGUGAGGAAAAAAAUGAUUAUGGGACACUUUAAGAUGUUAGUAUAUCGACCUUUUUGAGAGUGAAAAUAUAGAAGAUGUAAGCUAAAAGUCAGGUUUAGGGAAAGUUCCUGUGUACCACAGGGUUGACUGUUCCAUCCUGUGACCACACUAUGUUAUUGUAGUGAUAUUUGAUGCUGUAUUUAAAAAAAUAUAUGCUGCCACAAAGGGAACUGGUAGCUCUAUGAUAGAUGCGUGGAAGAAUAUUUUCUAUCCUACUGUUUUUGCCUUGUGUCCAUAUUCGGGUAAGGUUGCAAAAAGGAUCAGUGCAGUACUGAUUUUAUUUCUCUGUGUGAAGCAGGGUACUUUUGUGGUUUGGUGCUCUUCUAAAGAGCGAUAUGACACAGGCUGAAAAUCCUGCUUCUACUGUCAUCUGUUGGUUGAAAUUUUAACUUUGCUGUCCACACUGCAGAGAUACUGUUUAGCACCUAAUAGUUGUAGGGGUGAGACAAAGAAUUUCUACCACACAUCAAUACUUUGCCACCAAUAUUAUCACAUGAAAGAAAACAUAAUGCAGUGAUUGUUUGGAUUGUUUUUACAUAUUUUAAAUCCAGCAUUAGACCCAUUGUCGACAUUAAUCAGAGAAGCUACAAUCAGCUUCCCAGAUUUGGCACUUCAUGGCUACCUACGCCUGUAUGGUGACCCUUGUGUGUGGUACGGGAGCCAAUUUAAAUGCGUCAAUGAU